AUGUCCUUACCCAAACAUUUACAGGAGACUUUUUCUCCAGAGGAAAUACAAUUCAUAGUCGAGAAUGAACCUAUAAAGAUCUUUCCACGUAUUACGACACGUCAAAGAGUCAAUAUGGUAAACAAAAACGCUUCACAACAUUGGAAACUGAUCACGACGGAUGAUUGGGCUCUAAACAAUAUGGUUGCAACCCAAUCCACCACUGUGGUUCUUUGGAUAGCACUUCUAUUGAAGCAACAAUCCAAAUGUAGUAUAGUAGCUCCGGAGUGGUUGACAGUCAGAGCCCUGGAUAGACAUAUUCAAUAUGAAAAGAAGAAUACAGAUAGAUUUAGCGAACUGCCCUGGAAUUGGCUAGUACUUGCUCGGAUAUUAUUUAAUAGGGCACCAGAAGAUUUUCAUGAUCCAGUUCAUGAGCUGAGAAGCAGAAUACAAGACUUGAGGGAAAUCAGACAAACAAAGGUAUUAAAAGGUUUGAAGUAUUUGAAUGAAUCGCAUUUGCAGUUAGACAAUUUGAGUCUUUUGGAGAUUAAUGAGCUGAGACCGUUUAUUGUGGACAUCAUGGAUAAAUUAAGAGAGAUCCAUAGUGCAGCAGUAGUGGCAGGAAAUGAAGAUGGCAACAAUGAAGAAGAUGAUUUUGAUUUUUCUUGA